AUGCGCGUAAACAUGCUGGAGUGCCUUGUAGCGGGCGUUCCAGAAAUAAAUAUAGAUGGCACGGUCUACUCUGCUGAGUCUUUGGAGCACUCUUUCGCGUUUUAUGUGAACGGGAUUGUCAAAGGCAUGGUGCCUGUUCCUUCGAGGAUACUGGCUGUGUCUAUAUGCAGGAGAGUCAUCGUUGUGCUUGCCAACGAGAUGCGCCUUUACCAGUACAGCCGAGACGGAAUUUCGCACGUAGAAGAGAUACCGCACGAAAGAAUUGUCUGGGCCAUGGCAGUGCAAGAGUACAUCCUUGUGCGCCUUCUCAAGCACGGGGGCACGCUGCACCAUCUGUACAAUGCCGAUCACGGGGCGGUCUUCAAACUGCACAGCCCGGGAAAGGCUGGAAUACAGAGCAUAUCCCGCAGGGAAGAGGUGUCUGUUGUUUGCGUGUCCACUUCUGGGGGCCUGCAAUGCAUGGCGUGCGACGAGCUCGGGUUUCGAGUUUCAGAAAGCCCUCCAGAAGGCACUGCGCGCGCAGAGCACAUUAAAACAGUCUUUUUAGACAAAAGGAACAUUCUCCAGGUAACCAGCAGCUCCAUAGAGCAUGCCAGAAUCUCCUUCCAUCGGGAGCUUAUGUCGGGAGACAGCCCAGACCUGUCGGAAACCUCCUCUGGGCUGUGCAUAAAGUGCAGCGCAGGAACGUACUAUAUACACCGAGACGGAAGCCGAUACAAAAUCAGCACUAAAAGCGCGCCCAGGCCUGAGGAUAUGCCGGUCCAGACACACGGUGAUGGCACGGGCGCGCUGACACCUAUUUCCAUAGCAAGCUAUAUGCACACGUACACAUUCGGCGGAUACAUGCACAGAGUUACAAACACGGGAGAAGUCAAAAUAUUUGCAGUUCAUGGCGGAGGCAUGGAAUAUGCACGAAGCGUUGGGCCUAUCAACGCCCACAACCUAACGGGCUUCUACGCGUUCUCCACCCACACCGGGUCUAUUUUGGUUUUGCUGUACAAGAGCCGCUUUUCAGUGCAAGAGUACGCCUGGCAGCUCGAUGCAAAGUCCACACUCUCUGCGCCCGAGGGCAUUAAAUCCGUUAGAAAGUUCAGAAAAGACGUGGUCAUAGAGCAUUCUGCAGGACACACUGUAUACUCAGUCGGCAAAAACAAAGCGCUGCGCGCGCAGGCGCUGGCCAUAGACAAAGGGCAGACGCUGUGGGCGCUUGACUCGCCGAACAUGAACAUGCAGCACAGCCCGGUGCUUCUUGAAAAGGAGGAAGGCAUGGUGGCAGUGCGCUGGAACGGGAGCGUCGUUGCAAGGGGGCGCAGUAUUGGCAAUUUCCAUCUGCUGCAUACCGGAUAUGUGUACUCCGACGGGUUUUCUCUUGUGCUGGACUCGGGGCGCAUAUCGUUUGCAUUCCCUAUACGCGCGCUUUCCGUGUAUAACACAGCAAGCAGAAGCACAGUGCUUGUGCAUUUGUCGGUUGGCGCUGUUUACAUGCUGUCCGUAGUAGAGGGGAAAGUGGCGGGCAGGCUCGAGCUGUUCCAAAAAGUCCACUCCGAGACAGUCCGGAUGGUGUCGCUAGACUCUUUUCUGACGGUGGAAGAAGGCACACUGACUGUGUACGGAGGCGACACGUACAUUCAGCCUGUUGUGCGCGUGCCGCUGUGCAAGGACAUUCUGGAUGUUUUUGCAGGAGGCGAAGAAAUACUUAUUAUGGCCGAGGACAGCUCCAUAUACAAAAUAGACAAAAAGCGCGAAAUAGCCCCCACCCCGCAAGACCAAGCCCUUUUGGGUGUUUCCUGGAGAAGAGCAUAG